CUUGAAGAACCAUAAACCAUAUUGUUUAAGUUACCUCUGUCGGUGCAUCGUACAUUAAGAAACUGAAAAUUCAUGGUUGGAAUUACUUCUUACAUCAAACAUUCUUUAUUUGUGAAGUGCAAUUUAUCAAACUUUUUUUAUGAAUUAAUGUAAAAACAUAUUUACAGUCAUUCUGACAAUAACAUGUAAUACUUUACUUGUUUUUUAUCAUAUAAUUAUUUGCAUUCGUUGAUGAUUUUGACACUUAUAUUAGGUGAUAGUAGUUAUACAAAUCUCGCGAUUUAAGACAUGUGCCCAAAUUCAACCGUUGUUCAUAUAUGAAGCCAACACCAAAUGUAUUUUAAACAUAACCAACUUAAGACAAAUUCCAUAAAAAGGGAGUAAUGUUUUACGUGGGAAAAAAUUUUGCUGAUUCAAAAGGCACAAAUUAUUUAAGAGAUGAUAUUUAAAAUAUACGUAUUUAAGGGGCACUAGCUGUCAAAGGAGUAGGUUCAGUAAGACCCCUUUUUGGCCCCAAAAUAUAGCAGUUUUACAAAAUUGUUAAAUUGUUAACUUUUAAAUUUAUUAUGGAAAGUAGAAUGCUUCUGCUACAUAAAUAUGGGCUGUUUUUGACAACACAAUGCAUAUAUAUUGGGUAUACUAGCAUCAUUAAGUCAUGCUAAAUUACUGAAAUCUUCACAAUUUUAGCAUUUUAGUUAAAUUUAAGACGGUUCCCGUCUUAAAUGAAAGUGGCCGCAUUCGUGUUAAUUUAUAAUAUUAAAAUGUAAGUUGUAUUUGAUGAUAAUACAUAACAUAUUUAAAGGUUGAGGAUGCACACGGACGUGGCCACUUUCAUUUUUGACAAAAACUGUCUGAAAAGUGUCAUUUUUGGCAUAUUUGAAUGAUUUUUCAUUUUCAAGCUUGAAUCGGAGCGUUCUUUAUGACUAAAUCCCUUAAAAUCUUUCACAUCAACUGAUCAACUGAAAUAGCCACUUAAGUGUAUAAAAAGUGCCCAAAAUCUUUCGUCAGACUAACCUGAAAUCUGAGGAUAAAAUCGGCCCUUACCGGACCUACUCCUUCGUGUUCAACAAUUUGACUCAAAUUAUCAGAUAACUAUAAAGGGACCCUUUUUGUUGUAUAUCAUAUUUGUAUUUUCGGUUAUUGUUUUGUUCCAAAAUUAGUUCGUUAAUUUUUUCGUUUGAAUUGUUUUUACAUUUGUCAAUACAAACGCCUUUUAUAUAGCUUUCUGUGCGGUAUUGGUUUUGCUCAGGCAUAGUUUAAGGUCGAACAAUGUCUUGGUUGCUAACUUCUUAGUCAGUGGGCCUCUGGUGGUGAAUUGUAACGUUAUGUAUCAUUGACAAUCUUACCACAUCUUCUUAUGUUUUUCUGUAUAUAGAAUUAUAAUUAGAAAGAAGAACAAAAUAAUUAUGGUUUAUAAAUAUUUGGUUUAUGAAGAUUUCAAUUACAAAAUAUACACUGGCUAGGUCUAUUAGAAAUGUAAGUCGAGAGUAAGAGUUGGGAGUAUUUAUUUAAUUUUAUUAUUGAAUUACUCGGCACACCAAAGAUUUUCAAAAAAAUAUUAAAUCAUUGUAAGUGGUGAUCGACGGCGCUUCCGUCCUUCUGACAUGCUAUUUCAAUUUGGUUGGUUGGUUUGUUGGUUGGUAGAUCAUUGGUUGCGUAUACAUCAGAUGUCACAUUCUGCAUAAUUAUGGCAAUUGUCAAUACUGUUAACAUGUAUCACACAUAUCUAAUGUACACAAAUAAAUGAAUGUGGAAUGUAUUGGUCAAUUUAAAUUUAUAUAUGGGUUAUAAUUUUUAUAUCAGAUUGUUAUUAUUGACACUAGUUAAUCACAGGUACACAAUACAACUAGAUUCUAGACACACACAGUAAAGUAUUUGUUACGAGUAGUAAAUCACAGUCAUGACAGAACACGUUAUACACGAUUAUAUAGCUGGAGCAAUUGGAGGAGCUUCUGGGCUUGUACUUGGACAUCCAUUUGACACAACAAAGGUACAAUUGCAGACGCAACAUCAUGGCAGUAGAUACAAAGGACUUGUGGAUGCUGUUAAAAGCAUAAGUCAUCAAAGUUUGAAUAAAGGAUUUUUUCGAGGAAUGUCUUAUCCUUUAUUUUCUUACGGUGUUGUGAAUUCCAUAUUUUUUGGGGUUUAUGGUAAUUCACUGAAGUGGUUAGACAGACACGAAUCUAACAAGAAAUCGUCUUACCUCAACAUAUACCUGGCUGGUUGUAUAGGUGGUGCAGCACAACUUGUAGCUCUCGUUCCUGUAGAUUUAGUUAAAGUUGUACUGCAAUCCCAGAUUCCUCAUGACACAACAGGACACACAGUGGACAACGCAAGAUAUUUUAAAGGACCAACGGAAUGUGCAAUACACAUUUAUAAAACCUCUGGUAUAUUUGGCUUUUACAAAGGGUUAAUACCAAAUGCAUGGAGAGAUAUACCAAGUUAUGGACUAUAUUCUCUUUCUUAUGAGUCUUUACGUCAGACCAUGAUACAGUAUGGAUGGACAGAUUCUAAAGGAAUAAUACCGGAGUUAAUUGCUGGUGGCUGUGCUGGAACAUUGACAUGGUUUUCUAUCAUGCCGUUUGAUGUAAUUAAAAGCAGAUACCAGGCUGACUUAAAAAGGGAAUACAAAGGAAUAUUGGACUGCGUCUACAAGAGUUAUAGACAGGAGGGAAUAACAGUAUUUUAUAGAGGAUGUUUAGUUACAUGCCUAAGGGCCUUUCCUGUAAAUGGUGUCAUUUUUCUGGUCUAUUCUAAAACUUUAAAUUAUUUGGAAACAAAUUUUUAG